AUGCCACCCACUCCGACGAUCGAUGUGCCCGCCACCUACGAAGCCCUCGGGCUCUCGCAUAUCCGAAUCUCUCAUCAUCCUCUCGGAGCCCCAACUGCUACGCCCGUGGUGAUUGUUACAUUAAACCGACCGGAAAAGCACAAUGCAUUCACCCCGCAAAUGGCCGAUAGCCUUACCCUGGCCUUUAAUAUGUUUCACGUCGAUCCCCGGGUCAAAACAGUCGUUUUAACUGGGGCAGGGAAGAUGUUUUGCGCUGGAAUGGACCUUGAUAUCGGGUUCGGGGACGGUGAGGGCAGAGCUGCGGAUUUCCGUGAUAUUGGGGGUCGAGUCAGCCUGGCGAUGCAUCGGUGUCAUAAACCAACCAUUGUCGCGCUCCAGGGUUCGGCCGUGGGGGUGGGGAUGACGAUGACUCUGCCGGCGGCGAUCAGAAUAUGUCAUGAAAAGAGCAAGUACGGGUUCGUCUUUGCCAGGCGUGGCCUAACCAUUGAAUCCUGUGCUUCUUACUUCCUUCCUCGCCUGGUCGGCUUCUCGCGCGCUAUGCAUUUAAUCACCACCGGUGGUGUGUACCCGCCUUCGACAAAACAUUUCGGCGAUCUCUUUACCGAAGUACUUCCAGAUGCCUCCCAGGUCCUACCGCGAGCGCUGGAACUUGCUCAGGAUGUGGCGGAGAAUGUCAGUCCGCUCGCCUCUUCGAUGAGCCGGGCGUUGAUGUGGGAAGGCGGCGAUUCACCCGAAGCAGCGCACUUGCUCGAAUCCAGGGUGUUUCAUCAUAUGAUCGGUCAACGCGACUACAAAGAAGGGGUCAACUCGUUUUUCGAAAAGCGCAAGCCUAGAUUUGAGACCGAUCCUCGAGAAGGCAGCUGUCCCGACUACCCGUGGUGGCCGGAGUUGAACAUUUCCCGUGAAUACAGUGCCUCGAAGAAUUCCAAGCUAUGA